AUGGAUAACAAUGAAAGUAUAAAACAGUACGUGAAGAAAGUAAUAGAACACAGAGAAGUCGAAAGUAAAGUGAAAAAAUUAAGAUUAGAUAUAAAGGAGCUAAAUAAAAAAUAUGAAAAGACUGAAGAUAACUUAAAAGCAUUACAAAGUGUAGGUCAAAUAAUAGGGCAAGUAUUAAAACAGUUAGAAGAUGAGAAAUUUAUUGUAAAGGCAUCAAGUGGUCCGAGAUAUGUGGUAGGAUGCAAAUCGAAAAUAAAUAAAAGUAAAUUAGUUAUUGGCACUAGAGUAUCAUUAGAUAUGACCACCCUGACAGUUAUGAAAAGAUUACCAUGUGAAGUAGAUCCACUAGUAUUUAAUAUGAUAAGUGAUAUAGAUAAAAGUGAAAAUAGUAAAAAUAAAGUUAACUACAAUCAGAUAGGAGGAUUAAGUGAACAAAUAAGACAAAUGAGAGAAGUGGUAGAAUUACCAAUACUUAAUCCAUUUUUAUUUAAAAGGGUAGGAAUAAAAACUCCCAAAGGGGUUUUGUUAUAUGGUCCUCCCGGUACAGGAAAAACAUUAUUAGCUAGAGCAAUGGCCUCUAACAUUAAUUGUAAUUUUAUGAGAAUAGUUGUUUCAGCUAUUGUAGAUAAAUAUAUUGGUGAAAGUGCAAGAAUUAUUAGAGAAAUGUUCAAUUAUGCUAAGGAACAUCAACCUUGUAUUAUUUUUAUGGACGAAAUUGAUGCUAUAGGUGGUAGAAGAUUUUCCCAAGGUACAUCCGCAGAUAGAGAAAUUCAAAGAACACUUAUGGAGUUGUUAAAUCAUUUAGAUGGUUUUGAAGAAUUAGGAAAUGUCAAAAUUAUUAUGGCUACUAAUAGACCAGAUGUCCUAGAUCCAGCUUUAAUUAGACCUGGUAGACUAGAUAGAAAAAUUGAAAUUCCAUUACCGAAUGAAACUGCAAGAAUUGAAAUUUUAAAAAUACACGCAAAUAAAAUGACCAAGUUGGGAGAUAUAGACUAUGAAUCGGUGUGUAGAUUGUGUGAAGGUUUCAAUGGAGCAGAUCUUAGAAAUGUAUGUACAGAGGCAGGUAUGUUUGCAAUCAGGGCUAUGCGGGAUUAUGUCAUUGAAGAAGAUUUUUAUAAGGCUGCUCGAAAGAUUAAUGAGGCCAAAAAGUUAGAGGGAAAAAUAGAGUACGAAAAAAUUUGA